AAAAGGUUUGUGUCAGAUUUAUAGAGCAGCGUUUUCCACAACACUUUGAAAGGUUUAUUUUAACUGUGAGACUUUUUGGAUCAAUUUGUUUUUUCAACCGAGUUGUGGCACGUGAGUAUUGUCAGCCUUGUUUCGUAGCUUUAAAGUUUAAUUGGAUCAAAGUUUAAGAGAGGAAUUUUUUUUUUUUUUUUUUUUUUUACAUAGAUUCGAUUUUUUAAGUGUGGGGUUUUGAGAUUAAAGGGUCUAAAAAUGGCAAGAGCGAAGUAGUACAUUAAUAAAAUUGUAAGUGUAGGGUUGAGCGAGUCAGAGUGCUUUAAGUGUUGUUACUUAUAAACGUAGAAUAGGAAAAUCUGUAAUAAAAACCCUUAAAACGUUACAAAAUUUAGGGCAGACAGUGGUUUUAGAGCAGUGGAUCUCAAUUUUGGGGUCAAACGACCCUUACACAGGUGUCGCACAAGACCAUCGGAAAAUACAUAUUUAUGAAGUAGGAACGAAAAUAGUUUUAAGGUUGGGGGUGACCAAAACAUGAUGAACUGUAUUAAAGGGUCGCAUAAUUAGGAAGGUUGGGAACCACUGUUUUACGUAAUAGUUCUCCCUAAGCUUCGCUGAAUGGAGGAUUUGGGACACAUGGGAGCCAUUUAUAUUUAUUUUUUUUAUUGCAAACUGUGGAUUUUAGUAAUCUAUAAGCUGCUCUGAUAUUGUGUGAAUACAUUAUUUUUGAGAGCAGACCUUCUUUUCUCCGUUAUAAUGUUUGAGGAAAACUUUCUCCACAUUAAUGUCCAAAUGACACUUUUUUACCCCAGUGUCUAAAUGACACUGUCUCCACCCGAAUGUACAAAUGAAUUUUUUUCGAACCCCAAUGUCCAGAUGACACUUCUUUCUUCACCCCAACAUCUAAAUGAAAUUUUCUUCAACCCAGUGUCCAAAGGCCUCAUUUUCCACACCAAUGUCCAAAUGACACAUUCUUUUCCCAAAAGACAAAAUGGCCCUUUCUUCACCACUAGGUCCAAAUAAAACUUUCUCCACCCAGUGUCCAAAGGACACAUUCUUCAAUCCAAUAUCCAAUGACACUUUCUUCACCAAAGGACACAUUCUUCAAUCCAAUAUCCAAUGACACUUUCUUCACCCAAAUAUCAAAAAGACACUUUCUUCACCCCAGUAUCCAAAUGACACAUUUUUUGCUACAUAUUCCAAAAAAACACAUUCUUCACUCCAAUGUCCAAUUGAUACUCUUUUCACCCUAAUGUUGAAAGAAAACUUCCACUGCCCCCAUGUCACAAUGAAAUGUUUCUCCAUUGAACUGUCCAAAUGAAACUUUCUCCACUGCGCUGCCCAAAGGCCUCUUCCUGUAUUCACUGCCCGAAGGCCUCUUCCUGCAUUCACUGUCCAAAGGUCUCUUCCUGCAUUCACUACCCAAACGCCCCUGCCUGCAUUCAAUGCCCAAAGGUCUCUUCCUGCAUUCACUGCCCAAAGGUCUCUUCCUGCAUUCACUGCCCAAACGCCCCUGCCUGCAUUCACUGUCCAAAGGCCUCUUCCUGUAUUCACUGCCCAAAGGCCUCUUCCUGCAUUCACUGUCCAAUAAGUAAGCUGACCAAAGAACAUCAAAUAUUUCCCCGCCAUAUUUGACCCCCCUUGAUAUUUGCCACCCCGCCAUAUAUGCCACCCCCGCUUCCAUGAAGCAUGCAUUUCAAAAUCGCUGUGUUUCAAAAAAAAAAAAAAACCCAUCAUAACUGCAUGUCAUAUAAUACCGAAACCAGGUACGUCAGUGUUUUUCCCUGUAUCACUUUAGUUUCAGUUUUACCUUAUGAAUAGGACUGAAAGUUAUAUCUCCCCCCUAACCCCACCCCCCCUCCCGCCAGGUGUGAGGCUGUGUUCUAAGAUCCGGACUGCCUCAAAAAUGUCCUCUCAUCUUCUUUUAGUCUCUAUAGUGUCAAAUAAUAAAUGAAUUAAUGGAGUCUGGGUUUUUGUUUGGAGUCUGGGUUUUUGUUUUUUUGUUGUUGUUGUUUUUUUUUUAGAACUCUUACAAAAUAAACAUUUCUUCACACAACCGAUGUGACAAAGAAAUGCGUUGAGAAUAGUACUAGUUUUACAGGACAUAACGUUAUUUUCCAUGAAUACCAGCGCUCAAGUGCCGUGCGAUGGUCAAGCUUAGAGGCCAGGCGGUGGUAGAGAACCUAAUUGAUGAACAAUCAUCAUAUGACCUUAAACAAUGAGAUUAGUAAUAGACACUUUUAACAAUUUAAAAAAAAAAUCCUAGAUUGAUUAGACCAACAACCGAUGUACAGCUCGACCUAUACACACACAGCACCACUAGAGCAAACAAUCAUAGAACCACUAGACCAGUGGUUUUCAACCUUCCUAAUGCCGCGACCCUUUAAAACAGUUCCAUAUGUUGUGCUGACCCCCUAGCCAUAAAAUUAUUUUCUUUGCUACUUCAUAACUGCAGAGUGUAUGUAGAGUGUAUGUGUUUUCUGAAGGUCUUAAGCGACCCCUGUGAAAGGGUUGUUGUCGCGAAGCGUUUCUUCUGUAUGUCCAAGUCUUUCACUUCAUUCCGUUCGGCAGUACAUCAUACAGCAACAGUAACCAAUGCAACAAACAUCAACCGGUUUGUUGUAAACAAAAGUUUAUUUAACAACAAUUCACAAACUAAGGUUGAUACUUAAUGUUGGAGCAACAAUCGAAUCCUUUCAGCACAACUCUUCAUUUGAUUAACCGCAAUUCCCAAACUAUGUUUGAUACUUAAUUUCUCAGCACAACACUUAGCAGUAUUCAUUUCACAACAGUCAAUGUAGCACAUCCGCCAUCUCUCUUCUCUAACCACAACCAAAAGUAACGCGUCACUUCCCACUACACAAUUACGUCACAAACUCACAAAACGAUACGGCUGCACAUAAAAUCUCUAACCAACAUCUUUUCCCUAUCAAACAUGACAACAACGCUCUACACAUAACAACAGUGAUUCUCAUACCCUCGACAGUCGUUUGACCCCCCCCCCCCAAUAGGGAUUGCGACCCUAAGGUUGAGUACCGCUGAACUAGACUAACAAUCAUAUAGUUUAUUAAACAAACAAUCCUAGUACCACUGGACACUUCAACAACCAGUAGACCAACAAUAGUGGACCACUAGAACGAAAAUCAUAGUAGCACUGUACCAGCAAUCAUAGUACCACUAUACCAACAAUCAUAGUACCAAUAUACCUGCAAUAAUAUUGCCGAGCCACACUCAGGUCGCUAAAGGGUCGCGUGCGGUUCGCGGGCCGCAAUUUGUCGACCACAUUACCUAGGCCAAAUCACGUAAUUCUGCGCCCUAGGCCAAAUCACGUAAUUCUGCGCCCUAGGCCAAAUCACGUAAUUCUGCGCCCUAGGCCAAAUCACGUAAUUCUGCGCCCUAGGCCAAGGCAUGUAAUUCUGCACCGCGCCCCUAAAAGUUAAAUUAUGAUUUCCAAUUUAAUGUCUAACAUUUUAUUUUUAAACAUAAUGAUUUAGUACAAUCUUGAACAUAUUUGAACGACAUUAUAUAAUUAAUUCAAUCUACACAACUACAGCCUUUUAUAUGCCCAUUUCAAAAUAACAGCCUACUGAAAAUUUGACAAUAUCUGCUUGUUAUUUCGUCUGUAUAUACGCCCCUUGACUGCUACGCUUAAGCCAUGGCUUAAGUUUUCCCUAUGGAGAAUCAUGGACGGCUCCUUUAACAAUUAACUAUAUAUAUAUAUAUAUAUAUUUAUAUAUAUAAUUCAACAUUUCAAACUUUUUCCUGAAUCUCAUAAACCAAAAAAUAAAGUUAAUUUAUUGUAAAAAAUAACUAUAACUUAAUGUUGUUACAUUUCUUAAAUACAUUUACCUACUGACCUUCAAUUUUUUUUGUCUUUUUUGUUCUUGUCAUUUAAAAAAAAAUAUAUAUAUAUAUGUAUAUAUAUUUUUUGAUGUAGACUUAUUUCAACAAGAAGAAAUCCAUUGUGAAAGUCGGGGGUGGGGGUGACACCAUGAGUUUACCACACCUUGUGACACCAACCCUAGCUACGCCACUGCCAUAAACUAACGUUCCUGAAUCCCAUAAACUGAUUUUCCUAAUCCCAUAAACAAACUUCUCGAAUCCCAUCUUAGACUAACUUCCUGAAUUCUGUUGGACAUCUUCUUCUAUCCUAUUAACCAUUGUCUUGCAUCCCAAAUACCAAUUUUAUAUUUCCCAUAGAUCAUAUUCUCCUCCAUAUAUGUACCCCAUCGAUCUCCACCAAGACCCAUUUGACCUCCUGUCAUGGACUAGUCAUUCAACAAUUUCCACCAUCAUUCUUGCCCCCACCCCCACCCCCCUUUAAAGAUUUUUUUCGAUAUCUCACAAACCAAGAAGCGUCUUCCAUUUAAUCCUAAAUCAGCAGUUCUCAACCUGUGGGUCGCGACCUCUUUGAGGGUCGAGCGACUCCUACACAAGGGUCACCUAAGACCAUCGGAAAACAUUAUAUUUAUAAGGUAGCAUCUAAAAUAAUUUUAGGGUUAGGGGUUUCCACAACAUGAGGAACUACUAAAGGGUCACGGCAUUAGGAAGGUUGAGAACCACUGUCCUAAAAAAAACAUCAGACCUAUCGGUCCAACCCCAUCCGAUUUUUUUCUCCAUAACUCAUUUAGUCGGAUAAAAAAACUAAAUAAACACGUACCAAUGUAUGCUGUGUUGCAGUUGUUGGUCCACAUUGCAGUCCAUCUUGACGGUGCACGUGACUCGACAGCUGACGGUUGGAUUGUGACAUGGCUGACCAUCACGCGAGGCUCAAGAUCUCCGUCCAUCACACGAGGGUGCAGCUGGCCGUGCUGUUGGUUUGCCAAAUUGCAUUCCGGUGUUCGGGAAAUACGGUGCAGUGGUGUCCGCCGGCUCAAGUGGGUACGCCGCUGACAUUGAGCUGCAGCACGGAUAAAAACAGGUAAUUUGGGGUUUGGACCUGCGUGGGGGGGGGGGAGGGCAGAGGGUUGAGGGGGACAGGAAAAUGUUUCUCUCAUGUCUUCAAUGUUGAUUGGAUUUCUGGAUCCCUUGAUACACGCGUUGUGGCCACCAGGGGGGGGGGGGGAGGGCAGAGGGUUGAGGGGGACAGGAAAAUGUUUCUCUCAUGUCUUCAAUGUUGAUUGGAUUUCUGGAUACCUUGAUACACGCGUUGUGGCCACCGUCGAGUCUUAUAUUAGACUGGGUGGCCGAGCAGUCUUAACUGUCUCACAACAAAUAGCUGGUGGUCUGGAGUUCAAUCCCCACCAAAGCCAACAUCCCAAGCACCCCGGGUGGAUGGGACUCGUUAGCCUUGGACGUCGACCCAUCUAAGAGAAGGCAAACUCUGAUUUAAAACCAGGAGCCAUAAUGACCAACGAAUUGAUCGUGGGCCCAUCAAAUAUAAGAAGAAAAAGAAGAAAACCAGUGCUUGGAUGAUAAACUGCCACGUUUUGUUGCUUACAGUGGCUUGUCUCACGUAGUGAUAUAUCUUGCUUUUUUUUUAACCCCCCCCCCCCCUUUAUAAAUAAAAAGUUUUUAAAAAGAAGAAAACAAAAAAGAACAAAUUUUGCAUUUUUUAUAUUUUUUAAAAAAUGUAGCUUGUUUUUGACUUUAAAAAAAAAAAGUACUAAUUGGUUUUUGUAAAUAAUUUUUUUUUAACCCCCCCCCCCCCCUUUAUAAAUAAAAAGUUUUUAAAAAGAAGAAAACAAAAAAGAACAAAUUCUGCAUUUUUUAUAUUUGUUAAAAAAUGUAGCUUGUUCUUGACUUUAAAAAAAAAAUGUACUAAUUGGUUUUUGUAUAUAAUAUGCAUUGACGUCAAUAGUUUUGAAAAAAGGAAGGGGGGGGAGGGGCGUCUUGACCGUCAUUUUUUGGGAUUUAUUAAUAACAUUAUAUAAAUAAUAUGUAUGUGUGUGUUUGUUUGGGAGUCGCAUACAUUUAAGAGUUCAUCCAGGGUGGCAUUGUGUCAAGGUACGCCACUGCUAGAGUUUUUUCUGUAAUAUAUAUCUAAUAUGUUAUUAUAUCAAAUAUAUUUUAUUUCCAAGAUCAUUCAAGCGCCUGAGAUGGGAGAUCACCCACGUCAGUUCCAAGCCAGACCUCUUGACCUCUGACCCCGGGGUUACCACCACUACUCUAUGCGAUUUUACCCACCCGCCCUGCUCGGAAAUCAGCCCCCACCGUUAUGACGUCAAGGACGACCUGAGGGGAUCCCAGCUCCAAAGCUCAUUCACAUUAAGACACGUGUCCCCGACUGACCACGGCCGGCGGGUCAGCUGUCGUUCCUGGAACACUUCAACCGGCCAGACCGAGCUGGUCAGCGCUUGCAGGAUUUGUGCGGCCAAUGUUGGGGGAGGAGAUCGUGUCAGGACAUUGGCGACAUCAAAGCUCCUUAACCCAUCGUGUUCCGAUGAAUCCCCUGGGAUCGCCAGAGGACCCAGCUCGGGUACUGAAUCGAACACGUCAAAAAAAUUCCUUGUAAGAAGGAGCGCGGACAGCUGCCGUGGGCUCGGGGCUUAUUUUAUCGACAGUGGUGACAAGGACGAGUUCAAUCUCAGCACAAGAACUGAAGUCGAAGGCGGUAAAAACAUUUCUUUCCAGUGUAAGGUUAAGCCCGCGCCUACAGUUAACACGUCAUGCCAUGUCAGAUGCAACUCGACGAACAACUCGGUUCUGGAAAUGUCCAACCAAAGCGCACGCGUGGAGUUCCAGAUCUCCUUGGGCCCGUCUCGCCCUUGGUACAUCUGCACGUGCUCUGUCCAGGCCAACAUGUCCGACUGCGGCAAUCCCACCAGUACCACCAAGAUCCUUUUUGUUCUGAAGACCGCCGGUGCUCCACGAGAGACCGUGACCCCCAGCAAAAUGACCCCCGUGUACUACAUCACAGCCGCGGCCCUGGCCCUCGUCAUCCUACCAAUCAUCAUCGGUAUGUGCGUCUUCAUCUACCGGCACGGCGCCGACCUGUACAGCUACUACUACUUUAAGCUGUACCACACGCCACCGCCUCCCGCCACAGGGGACUACACGCUGGUCGACACGCCCCAACCACCCCCGCCACGCCUGCCUCCGCGUCCGAGCGUACCCGCCUCCAUCAUAGAAAGGCGGGUUCUUUACGAUGACACGACGGAAGAAUCCGACGGAUGGACAGAAGAUGACCCGACCGUGGCGCUGUCCGACCGCGGACACGAGUCCCCGACUCAGCAGGAGCAGUUGAACGAAUUAUCAGAAUUCGACGGCUAUCUGAAACCCAGGAAAGUGUUGAUUCCGUGGAACAUCAACUGUUCUCCGUCACAGGUGCCGGAGUACCCUCUCAACAUACAGACUCCGGAUAAAGAACUCAACCUCCCUGCCAAGCCGCCCCUGUGCGGGGUUGCCAGGAGGGCAUCGGCUGAUGCCCGGGCGGCCCAGGAUGGGUGGUGCAAAAGCGUCGAUAGAAGGACCCAAAGUAAACAGGGUGGGAGGAGAUAUGGUGACGAAGUCGAACGGGACGCGCCGUUUAUCGCUGACGGGAGAUCCAAGACAUUGACACGUUUGACCGGAGGUCAUUCGGAUGGAUCGGUCAACAGCGAUACAUUGGUCAAAUGCCAUUACGAUAGUCAGACGUUUGUGAAAGGCGACUGUGACAGCAAUACGUCUCUGAAAGGGGAUUGUGAUAGUGUUACUGAUCUAAAAGAGCUUUAUAAAAAUAACAUUUAUUCGAAAAUGGAAUGGGAUAGAAAUGAUAUAAUCUCGAAAGAGGAUUGUGACAGUGUCACUUUCGUUGACAGUGCCACUUUCGUUAAAGUAGUCGCUAGGUAGUUGUCUUUUUUUACAGUUGUUUGAAAGGGGAAUAUCCUCCUACCAUUAUGUUGAAAGGAGAUUUAUGUAGUAUUGCAUAGGACACACAGCAAGGCGAUAGUAAUCAUUUGAGUUAUGUUAUUAUUACCUGUGUGAAGAGAUAUCCUGACAAAAUACCUGUGCGACAAAGCCUGAUAUAUUACCUGUGAGAAGAGAUACCUGAUAUAUUACCUUUGCGAAGAGAUAGCUUGACAUAUUACCUUUGUGAAGAGAGAGCAUGAUAUAUUACCUUUGUGAAGAGAUAGCAUGAUAUAUUACCUUUGUGAAGAGAUAGCAUGAUAUAUUACCUUUGUGAAGAGAUAGCAUGAUAUAUUACCUUUGUGAAGAGAUAGCA